AAGUUCUUAAAUCUAAAAAUUAAUCUAAAUUUAUUAUUAAUAUUAUUUUACCUUUCUUGUGUAAUGUAAUGAAAUUAUAUUUUUCUUAAAAGAUAUCACAAAAAAUUACAAAUAACUUUAUACUAUUACUGUUCUUCUCUUAAAGAAUCUAUAGAAUAUUAUAAUUCGAUAUGCACUAAACACAGUUGAAGUUCCAACUAUAUUACAACAAUGUUCGUUCCCUCUACAACGUUAGCUAUUCAUUACACUGUAAAUAAAAAAUUAUAUGAAAUAGAGAAGGAUAUACAAAACGAUGACAAUAAUAUUGAACAUGUUUUGAAUGAAGGGGAAAUAAAAUUCUAUGUUUUGGUAUCUAAUUUUAUCUAGUUUAAAUUAUAAAGAAUUUCCUGUGAAGAAGUUUCGUUGAAAUACGCAUAUAAGGAAAUAUUUUAGUUGCAAACAUCAAAUUUUGCAUAAAGGGGAAAUAUGAAAAAACCGUUUAAUAAAUCGAUUGAUUAUUAUAUACUACCAAAUAAGAUUUUCUGUAGUAUAGCUGGAAUGUGGCCUAUCGAUGAGAAAAGUUCAAUAUUCAGUAAAAUAUUUGCAUAUGUUCGUUUGAUAUUUGGAUUAAUAGUAGUUAGUAGUUUUUUCAUACCUGAAAUUAUAAUAAUAAUAAUGAAUUGGAAAAAUAUAAAAAUCAUAGCAGGGAUAGGCUGUGUUUUAACAACAAUUACACAAGUAUUAUUUAAAAUGAUAUAUCUAAUAGCGAGAAGAGAAAAAACAUAUUCACUUUAUUACAAAAUACGAAGUCUGUGGAAUUCUUCUAAUGAUUCUAAAGAAAGACCUUACGAAGAAUUCGCUUAUUGGGCACGAAUUUUUUCGAUAAUUUUUUAUUCAUCUUGCAUGUGCAAUGUAUUCACAUUCUCUAUUGCUGCGGCUAUUGAUUAUUUUAAAUUCGAAUAUAAUGCCAAUAACACUGAAAAUAAUCGACAUUUACCUUUUAUUGUUUGGUAUGGAACAGACAUUUCCACAUCUCCAAGCUUCGAAAUUGCAUUUUUUUAUCAAAUUAUAUCAUCUUCAAUUUGUGCUGCUGUCAUUUCUGGCUUGGAUACUUCGCUUAUGACUAUUAUAUUACAUGUAUCUGGACAAUUUAAAUUGAUCAAUAUUUGGAUCAAUAAUAUUGGAAUUGAAAUAAAUUGCAAUCCUAAUUACAUACAAAAAUUAAAAAUAGAUUUAAUCAAAUGUAUUCGUCAUCAUCAACAAAUAAUACAUGUGGUAAAUAAAAUGAAUAAUUUAUUUACUCCUAUCAUUUUCAUUCAACUUCUUACGAGCGGAAUUGAAAUUUGUUUAAGUGGAUACGCAAUACUUGAUAAUGAUUCAGCGAAUGCUGAUCUACUGAAAUUUAUAUCUUAUUUCAUUUCCAUGGGAAUACAACUUUUAUUAUGGUGUUGGCCUGGUGAAAUCCUUAUUCAAGAAAGCCAAGAAAUAGGACAUGUAAUCUAUCUCAAUAUACCGUGGUAUAAUCUUCCCCCGAUUUAUCAGAAAUAUCUUUGUUUUAUGAUUGUUAGGUCGCAACAAUAUUGUCGUAUCACAGCAUUAACUUUCCAAACAUUAUCUAUUUGUACAUUGACAAGUGUAUUCAACUCUAGUGCUUCAUAUUUUACUUUAUUACGACAAAUACAACAGUAAACUUCAAAAAAAAUGAUAAACGCUAUCUACGAUUUUGUUCAUUAAAAACAAAUGCUAGAAAAGAUAAUCAAAUGUACACCUCUAAC